AACUAGCAUUCUGUGCAUCAAUUUUGAUAAUAAAUUUUCUUGGAUAUUUGAUAUCAAGAUUCGAAAGUAGCAACUCAACGAAGGAGGCAAAACUUCUUGACCACCUUACCAAUCCUACGAAGUUGAAGUGCUUACAGCUACUCAGGUCUUUGUUUGAUUCCAAAAUACUUAAAUGUUUUGUUUUCUUAUUUCUUAAUGGCCUCCACUAUAGUAGAACAUAGAUUCGGAAAAAAAAUACCACUCCACAGGACAACAACGCAGACGCAGUUUCUGGACAAUAAUUAAUUGUUAAUUUAGGUGAAAUGAAGUCGAAGGGACUUCCUAGAGCCUUUCUUAAGCCCUAUCGGCGGUCCUUGUAAUGGCCGGUCACCUCAAAGAAUCUGAUUCCCUGUACUGGAAACAUAAUUUUCCAUCACUCUGGACCUUAUAUAGAGCACUCCCACCAAGUCCUACUUUCAAGACAAAGCCUUUCCUCCAUUUGCAACAGCUUUAUUUGGAGUAAAGCAUUCUAGCUACGUGAGUCAGCUAUGGAGUUUGGUUGGCCAGUUUUUCAGCGAGGAAGAACAGUGCAAACAAGAUUCUUUAAUUUUGAUCACUCCAAUGGAUUUGCAUGCACAAAGCCAGCUGCUGGGGUUGUGGAUGUCCAUUCUGUAGACGCAUGGAGAUCCUAUUUCGAGGCCAACAAGCAAAACAACAAAUUGCUGGUGAUUGAAUUCACGGCGACAUGGUGUGGACCUUGCCGAUACAUGGAACAGACCAUGAAGGACUUUGCUGCCAAGUACACAGACGUUGUGUUCAUCAGGAUUGACGUUGAUGAACUGCAGCAUGUGGCUCAGCAAUUCAAUGUGACUACCAUGCCAGCAUUUUCACUCUUGAAGAAAGGGAAGAUAGUUGACGAGGUAGCAGGGGUCAAGAAGAGUGAGCUUGAGAACAAGAUUGAGAAGCAUGGGAUGAUAUGAUUGCCACGAUACUUAACUAUUAAUGCCAUGUCCAUGGCGAAUCCCUGCUGGAAUGUAUAUUCCAGCAGAAGAGAAGAAUAAAACAAGGCCUCAAAAGCAAUUUGCUGAGGCAAAAAUAAGGCCAUCCUUUUUUCUUUUUUCUUUUCUUCUUCUUGAUUGCUAUUAUUUAAUAUAUGUAUUGUAAUGCCAAGUUAAUUUUUAUUUAAGAAAACUCAUUUUCUCUC